GUUGUGACCGAGCUGUCGUGGCGAGUUGUAAACCAACGGAUACCUAGAAUAGUUGAUAUUGAUUCGAUUUCUAUAUUUGAUGAGAUAUUUUAACUUUAGAACGGUUUUAAACAUUGAUAUAAAUAGUAUUGAUAUCGGUCACUUGGAGAGCAAUACUUGUUUUGAAGUGAACAAUCGGUGAAUGAAACUAUUGGAGAGAGCAGUAUUUAAACAGGGACACAGUAGAUGUAUUGGAGAGAGUGUUAGUUGUGCAGGGACACGGUAGUGACCUCUUCAGGGCCACAAUAGGGACAUGUGAGUGCGCUUCACCUCUGCAUUCACAUAGUGUAAUACACACAGUGACCGGAAGGAAAGAUAAUUCUUUGACUUCUAAAGCAGACACAAGUUAAUGGAAUGGAUACACAAAGAAAUGGUGAGGGCGACCUGACAAACGAUUUCGACCCCCCGGUGAUGAGGAAGAAGGAGCUGACAGAUUACGGUGGAGGGACCCCGGACUCUCAGAUCACACUCGUUUCUGUAAGGGUCCUGUCUGCUGACAUCACCAUUAAAAACGGCAUGAGGACCAGUGGCUUUCUGAGCAGGCGCCCGCAGACGUCUUACACUGAUCACAGAUUUGCCCCGUCCCCUCGGAUACGGUCAGCAAGCUGUAAGCCGGAUACCACCGCCAUGCCCCGUUCACACGUCAGCAUCGCCAGGUUCUAUGAUUGGUCAGAGGACCUAGGGGACUGUGUUUCUGUGUCAAAGUAUUACAGAGACCUAGCCACCGUACAAAAGAAUGGGACCGACAAGUUCCGUGGCAGGACGCCUUGGUGUUCCAAUGGUGUCCGUGUGAGUCCAGGAAGGAUGUUUCUCAGAGACAAGGCAGGAUUGACAAAGGGAGAAAAAGACAUUAUCGAAGGAAUUUACCGCAAUAGAGGAGAUGUUUUGAAGGACGAGACUCAACAAGUAACUACGAAAGACGAGUGGCAACUUGUAAAGAGUCACAAGGACGCUUGGUUGGUGGGUAAAUCCGUAUCCAAAAACGGGGUCCGUUCAGAUGGAGUUCGAACUGAUUCUUCCGUUGAUCUGAAACUACCGGAUAACCUGUUCAGUCGAUCUGUGGAUGUAAGUAACAAUUCUGAUAGCAUGACCCAAUCGACAAUUGCCGAAACAAAUAGUGAACCUGUGAAAGAGGACGACAUACUUGUAGCUCCCCCAUCGACACCCGAUAGGGAGCUUACACACGGCAGCUUUUCGGAUAACUCUUCCUCUGCUAACAGUAGAAAUCGAACGGUGUACCGGUGUGGAGAAAGAUCUGUGAUGACUGAUUCGGACAAUGUACUUGCUAAGAGCCAAACAUUCAGAUUAGAAUCUUCCGAACAUCAGAAACGUAAAGUAUUUGUCAAUGUGUUUCUCCCGCAAAGUUCUCCGGAAUUACUGCAGGAUCGCACACGAACAUCCAUGGAAAAGGACCGGAGUUCUUUGACAAGGGGGAGUUUGAGACGAGACGGUACGAGAUUCUCGCGUUAUACCGGAGACAAUUUUGUUCAACCUGCAACAUCCCUUUCCUAUUCUGAUUCUCGGAGGCACCAGCGGGGACUUACAGGUACAAUCAGUUCUGUAGGCGACUGAGGUCAUGUGUCUUUUACGGAACGAUGAUCGUAGUUGUGAUGACAGUACCACGAACCAUCUGGUAAAUAACCGGACAGUCCCUGUCAUCGUUGAAUGUGAUAGCGAAAUUGUCGUGGAAUAUUGCGAUGAAAUAUGGCUGUCACUAAAUCGUGAAUAUCUUCUGUAUCGCAUUGUUCAUGGAUUAUAGAUGUAGAUUUCUGGUAGAUUUCAUCUAUUGUACAAACGUGAAUCUCGGUCUAGUACACCUGGUAUUAAGUGCUAAUGUUAUCCAAUAGAUGGAUAUAUUAUACCUAGUGUUAUUGAGGUACUGGUUUGUGUCCGAGAGAUGAUUUUAAAGGGAUUCAUCUAGCCGAAUGGUGCUACAUAUGGCCAUUUCAUUGGGAUGUGUUGUUUGUGACAGUCUGUGAUAUGUCUAGGCAUUUUCGUGUUUGUAAGACGCUGUAACAAAAAUGUAUUUAUGUUUCAUAAGCAUGUUAUAUUUAUAAUAAACCUUUGCUAAAGAUAAGUGCAAGUCAUAUAAGUUUCAGCCAUGAAAAUACCUACAGAAUUUAGUAAAUAAUACAAAUCUUACACGUAUGUAUGUAACGGAGUGCAAUAUCAAACACCAAGCUAACGACUAUAUAGCGUAUAUACUGGACUCCUUAGUAUGUGUCUAGACUGAGGGGGACCAUUCAUAAGGUUUAUAUUUAUUGAUGUUGUAAGAAUAUUACGGAUAGGAGUUCUUGAUUUAAUAGUUGUGUACCACAAAACAGUCGCAGUUUAACAAUGGACAUUAUCCUAUAAUGAGUUUGAAUUCAACAUGACAGCGAAUAUUGAUCAAUUAUAGACUUUUGUUUAGGCAUAUAAUUAUGUAGUUAUUUGAACCUGAGAUAACGAUAUUGACCGAAAUAAAAUCGGGGUUAAUAUAAUGUUUCAGGUGCAUAUAUAGAGGUCUUACAUGAGCUUCCAUGUCAUAUUGAAGUUAUUAAAGGAAUUCAAUAAUUUGAUAUUAACGAGUUUAAUAAAUUCAAUUUGACAUGGACACGAAUGUAAGAUUCUAUUUAUCACAUAACAUUUAUAAUUUGAACACAAUUGUGUGUUAUUCGCUGACUCGAUAUUGGUUAAAAUCAAUCAUACUAUUGUCGUGCAAAAUAUUGUGGUUUUUUUUAAAAUAAUGAACAGUUUUAUGCAAUUGCAAAAACAUAAAAGCUUAUCAGAAAAAAAGGCAGUUCAUCAAGUUAACAAUUGUUUACCAAUCGCAUCACCUUUAGGUCUUAUUACACGUGUGUAUUACCAUAUCUAUGACAUGGCCGUAUGACAUAAUACAAUCGGUCACAUAUUCACCAGAAUAAAAUCCUCCGUUAAAUAC